AUGCGUCGGGCGUGGUUGCUGACGCUGUUGGCGGUACUGGUAGCACACGUGGCCGCACGACCCUACGUCCUCGUCAGAAGGUUCUCCAUGCCGGGCACCGUCCUCCAGAGAGUCCUGGCCUCGGAGAAGGCGCCCGCAUUGUUCCGCAUCCGCAAGUCCAUUCCGGACGGCUACUUCACCGAGUUCGCCGUCGACGACGAGCACAUGGACCGUCAGAGGAGAGGUCAGCCGAUCGCCGACUACACCGACGAGUUUUCUGCCGACCCAUUCGAGGUUUGAACUGGGUAAUUUAGUUCUUAUGGAUCAUGUUCUUUUGUAACGACUUAUGAGGGACUGAGAAAAUUUUUAGUGGCCACUAUAGUAGUCAAAUUAGUGGCCACUUGAGGGGUUAAAACUUAGUGGCCACUAUAAGUGCUACUACUAGACCACUAAAAAUUUUAGUGGCCACUUUAGGGGUCAAUGGAUCAACAUAACUGUUCCUAUAUGCUUGUUUUAAAAUUAUCAGAGUUACUGGAAGGAAUAAUGGAUGAAAAACUACUGAAGCGGCCACUAAAUAAAGAACCUCCAUAGUGGACCCUAAAACGGAAAAUAGUGGCCACUAUAGAGGUAGAUUUAGUAGCCACUUUAGUGUCCUCUCCAAGUAGUCCUUCGCGAACCUCUAUAGUGGCUACUAAAAAUUUUCCCAGGAAGUUUUCUUAAAUUUAUUUUUGUAGAUAUAUAUUUUAAAAGUUCGCGUUCAACACAGAAUUAGAAAAUUUCAACUUUGAGUAUCCAUACCUCCUAGAAUAAAAUUUUGCGAAAUUAGCCACUAUGGCGAUCUCCUUCUACACCAUCUGAAAAAAUUCUAAACUUAAAACAAAUGUUCAAUGUUCAGCUGAGAAUUCUGCAAGUGUCAACCUGCACAACUCGUUAUUUUUUGCCUAGAAAACCAAUUUGCAAACGCCCUCAGAGGUGUCGGUUCUCGAAUUUCUGUAGAUUGACACUUCCAGGAACUCAGUCUUAUACUUCAACGAGUAUUUCCAUGUUGUCAAAAUUAUCCAUUCUGUGAAUAGUUUCUAUAUAUAUAGUCUGUGUACCGCGAAUUGGAAUUUCACCGAACGACAUUCCGCUGUUCCGCUGCGUGCGUUCGCGAAGCGUCUUUCUAAUCUGAAUCGCGCUUUCAGUUUAUUUUUAUUGCUGUGGGAGCAUAUGAAAGUAGAGUACCUUGAAAAAAGAAAAAAAAUUUAAAAGCGCGACCAAGGUUCGCAAAGGCGCGCAGCGGAACAGCGUAAUGUCGUUCGGUGAAAUUCCAAGUCGUGGUACACAGGCUAUAUAUAGAAACUAUUCACAGAACGGACAACUUUGACAACACGGAACUCGUUGAUGUAGAAGAUUAAGUUCUUGGAAGUGUCAAUCUGCAGAAAUUCGAGAACCGACACAAUAUAACCCCGAACCGUAGUUUGACGUGCCUGUCAAGAAAAUGAAGUAGAUUGCAGAUCCCACGACAUCCGAUGAGGAAACCUCGCUGA